AUGAUAAAUACAGAAACUGGAAUGGAUUUAGAUGUUAAAAGAGCAGCUGCUGCUCCUAGGAGCCAAACUCAACUGUUCUCUAGAAGGAAGAAUCCAUUCAAAGUCCCUCAUAUGCAUUUUAACUCAGCAAAUUCAACCUGUGCUGUUGGUUGGGAUAUACCAUGCCAAAUACCACAUAACCAGCAUCAUCUAAAUGACAUGAAACUGGAAAUAAUACCUGAAAAUUUGCCAGCACACAAAUACCAACAAAAUGAAACUGAAAUGAAGGAGGGAUAGAAGGAGUAUACUCAAAGAAAUGGGAAAAGAAAAUCAAAUAUCACAUAUAAAGAUACUCCACGCAAGAAGGCAGAUGAAAAGUGUGAUCAAGGUGAAGAAGUCAGCAUGGAGGGCCUGACAACUUUGGAUAGGAAAGCCCUUCUACAGCAAGCCUUUACCAACAACCCUCACCACACACAGCACAGUGCAAGGAAAUCAGACGCAAUAAGGACCAACUCUACACUAAAAGAAAAUGUACUUUCUCAUAAAGUUCAGUUUGAUAGUAGGAUCAUAUCAAGAACUGUUUCUAUGGGACAGGAGGAAGAUACAAUCAGUCAAGAAACCAGUGAUAGGCUAGUUUUCAAGGUUAUUCAAGAUGUGCUAAAAGGAAAACUACAGAAAAGAGGUGUUCAUGUUUUGACGGGAUUAGGAAAAUAUAUCCAACAAUUGGAAAAUGAAGGAAAUGGAAUUUUAGAUAAAGCAGAUUUUAAGCAAGCCCUAAAAGUAUUUCAUUUAGAAGUAUCUGAAAAGGAUUUUGAAUCUUUAUGGCUAAUUCUGAGUGACAAUGGCCAGGGCCAGGUGGAAUGUGGAGACUUCAAACGUGCCAUUUUUGGUGAAAUGAAUGAAUAUAGAAAGUCCUUUGUUUGAAAGGCCUUUAUAAAACUAGAUUUUAACAAAACUGGCAUUGUGUCUGUGAUAGACAUAGGAAGUGUUACUGUGCCAAAGAAGCAUCCUCAAGUCAUUUCAGGCCAGUCCACAGAGGAAGAAAUCAAAUCAGCUUUUCUCGAAAUAUUGAUAGAUGCCUGCAGCAAAUCUGAGGAAGUGUCCUACAGUGAAUUUGAAGAUUACUGUGAAAGUCUAAGCAUUGGGGUGGCAGAAGAUGAAGACUUUGUUACCAUUGCAUGCACUCCAUGGGGAAUUUAG